UUCGUAGAGGGAGCACGUCCCUUUGCGAUAAAUCCUAUCUGUAUUACGAUUGCGAAUAUUAAUAUUGUGAAAAUGUUAGUAUGAAAACUGUGUUCAAAGUUGUAGUUCCAUCAUUCAAAAGGCAGGUAACAGAAUAUAUGAAAUGUUGUGGUUAAGCUUUUAUUAACUGUUACUUAUGUAAUGAUCAUAAAAGUGUCGUAAAGUAGUUCGAUAGAUAAGUAUUAUGUGUAAAGACAUAGCAGUUAUCAGGCAACGAAGUCUCAAGGCUAACACAAAAUAAAGAUGAAAGCGUGGUCAGCACAUGAGCAGGACACAACAUUGCCAUGCUGUCGCACGCUGCACGUCAAGCAUGCUGCAUAUGUAAGCGCAUUGUAUACUUUGAAUAUAUCUAUAUUAGUGGUUCUGCUGUAUAGUUGGAGAAUCGGAGUUAAUGCUAAGAAAUAUAAAGAACUAGAUGAUGUGUAUUAUGGUGUUCAAAUUGCGUAUUUCGCAAUUAUCGGCACACAGAUGUUCAUGAUCGUUCUCAGCAUAUUUCUAUUUUAUGGAAUUUAUAAAGAAAAUAUAGCUUUCCUAGUGCCAUGGGUGGUCGGGUGCAUGACGUUCAUGGCACUUGAAGCUAUGGCGGUGGUGUACUCGAAUAUCUUGAGAGAUCAUGUUAACAAGCAGUUCGACGCAAUGUGCAAAGCAGAGAUAUCGUUUUUGAUACCAAGAUUAAUUUUAAAUUGCCUCUCUAUCUGGUGUGUGUUGCGACUCUACCAUCUUCUGAGGGUCGGUGUGAGUUGGAAAGGUGCAGCCCCAAUCGAGCUGUGACUAUUGCCUCCGGAAAGCCAAGCUUGUCGCCCAACCACCCCUCGGGAGACAACCUUGCUGCUGUCCAUAGACAGCGACACUGACGCUAGUUCACAUUCUCUAUGACACCGAAGACACAUCCAAUAAUAAUACACUAAAUAAUUAUGUACCAUUCACGCAUUCAGUUUGAAUGAAGCACUUGAGGAAUCCUGGUGAAGAAUGGACAACGUUUUCUUGCCCUGAAUUGGAAGCUCCAAGCAUUACAUUACUUAUGUUAUCAUAUAUAAUAUUAUUGUAAUGAAACUCAAAAUUAACAUGCGAAUUACACAUGAUUCGUAGGCAAAUCCGAUAAAUAUUAUUCAUCUUAAGAAUUAUAUACCAUUUUUAUUAUUUUAAUUAUUGAUGUUGUAUUUAUAAUAGAUAAUCUAAAUGCUAGAUAUUUAUUUUUGCUGUACAUAUUAAAUUUAUUCUGUAUAAUAUAAUAAGAUAUCAAACUUCUACGAAAGCAUUGUUGCUUAGGUAUGUUAAAAAUUGUUGUAUCAUUAGAGAUGUUCUAAGUCAUAUUAACGUUUUAAUAAAUAUGUAUUGCUUUUGAAAAGAGUUUUAGAAAAAAUAUAUUUUAUAUUAUAUCGUCAGAAAAAAUAAAAAGUAUAUCAUGUAAUAAUUGAACUUUAUUUUAAUCAAUAUUUUAUCUCCUGUAUUCGUUCAAAACUGACAAAUAGAUUGUAAAUAUUUUAUUUACCAAUUUAUAUAAAUAGAAAACUUAAGACACUAGUUUUAAUAACCGUUAAAAUGUUACUUAAAUGCAAUGUUGUAAAAAUAUUAAAUAUAUUAUGGCA